AUGACGUCCAGUGCAAACACGUCUACCAAGGCAGUGUUGACCUCGAUCAUCACCAACGGGGUCAUCUGUGCAGUGUUUGUGACUCUGUUUUUGCUUUUGAGACUCAGAUUCAAACGGAUCUACCAGCCUAAAUCAAGCUUCAACAUUGUCCCUGACAGUGAAAAACCCCCUCCUCUGCCUCAAGACCCAGUCACGUGGAUCUUUGUUCUUCUCAAGAAACCAACCCCUUUCAUCAUCCAACAAGCCGGUAUCGACGGUUACUUGUUCCUGAGAUAUCUGGUCAUCAUCGCUUGCAUAGCUUUGGGAGGAAUGGCGUCGUGGGUCAUCCUGUUACCCGUCAACGCAACUAACGGCAAAGGCGAAACGGGACUCGACCAAUUGGGCAUUUCCAACGUCAAGUCUGUCAACAGAUACUAUGCACAUGUGUUUAUCUCGUGGAUCUUCUACGGAACCGUUUUGUUUGUCAUCUACAGAGAGCUGCACUUUUACUUAAACUUGCGGAAUCUCGUCUUGACCACCCCGGCCUACGCAACCAAACUCAGCUCCAGAACAGUGGUGUUCCAGACCGUCUCAGACCAGUACUUGGACGAGGAAGAGUUCUUCAAGCUGUUUGACGGUGUCAAACGUGUUUGGGUUGCUCGUGGCCAAAGAGCUCUGUCGCACAGAAUUAAACAACGUGACGCUCUUGCUUCCAAACUCGAAGUCACGCUCACGAAGAUGCUGAAGAAGGCCGUCAAAAUCAAGGCUAAAGCAGACAAGAAGGGCACUCCGCUCGAACCAAGCGACCAACUGUCCACAUACAUUCCAGAGAAAAAACGGCCAAAAAUGCGUCUAAGCAUUUUUGGUAAAAAAGUCGAUGUGAUUGACUACGCAAAGGAGAAGAUUGCCACCUUGAAUGAACAGAUCGAAGAGUACCAGAGUGAUUACAGCCGCUCCAAGCCAAUGAACUCCAUCACCGUCGAGUUUGAAAAUCAGUAUUAUGCCCAAUUGGCUGCACAAACAACCAUCCAUGACCAGCCGUUCUACUUUAGUCCAAAAUACACCAACGUUGAUCCAGGUGAUAUCAUCUGGUCCAACAUGCGUAUUUUCUGGUGGGAAAGAUUACUCCGGUUUAACUCAGCUUUGGUUGCCAUUAUUGCCCUGAUUGUUUUAUGGGCCAUUCCUGUUGCAUUUGUUGGAAUGAUCUCCAACUUGACCUACCUCACAAACAAAAUGCACUGGCUCAGAUUCAUCUACAACCUGCCUAAAGAUCUACUUGGUAUCAUCACCUCUUUACUCCCAACAGUUAUGUUGGCCAUUUUGAUGCUCCUGCUCCCAAUCUUCAUCAGACACAUGGCUCAAUUGGCUGGUUGUGUUUCAGUCCAGGCUGUGGAAUAUUACACUCAACAGGCUUACUUUGCAUUCCAAGUGGUUCAAGUUUUCCUUGUCACCACUAUUUCCUCGUCAUUUGCUUCUACAGUCACUCAAAUUGCGGAGCAACCUUCCAAAGCAAUGGAACUGCUUUCAUCGAACCUGCCGAAAUCCUCCAACUUUUACAUCUCCUACAUGAUUUUGCAAGGAUUCUCCAUUUCCGGUGGUGCUCUGUUCCAAAUUGUCGGUUUUAUCUUGUUUUACGUUCUGGGAAGACUUUUCGACAACACUCCACGUAAAUUGUGGACCAGAUUCAAUGUCAUUGGAGGAUACCAAUGGGGUACCAUGUACCCGAUCUACAGUAACUUGGCUGUCAUUUUCCUGUCCUACAGUAUCAUCUCGCCAAUGAUCAUGUUGUUCACAUUCGCUGGGUUCAGUCUCCUUUACAUUGCAUUCCUGCACAAUGCCACCUAUGUAUUUGGCAAGAGUCCUGAUGCUGUCGGACAAAACUAUCCUCGUGCCUGGUUCCAGACCAUGGUUGGACUAUAUCUUGGAGAGAUCUGUCUCUUGGGAAUAUUUGUUGUUUCCAAGUCCUGGGGAUGUGUUGUGUUGGAAGCCCUGUUGCUUGCAUUCACUGCGUUUGUCCACAUUCAUCUCAACAAAGCAUACGACCAUUUGUUGACGGUUGUUCCAAACACUGUCAUGAGACCCCUGGAUGGCCAUAGUCAGACUCUUUCAUGGAAACCUCCUCAUGCCAAUAGAACAUCCAACGGCCCGGAGUCUUUUUCUGGUUCGUUGACAAAGGAGGGUAUUUCCAUGUCUGAAUUGGAUAAGGAAGAGUUCAAGGAGACAAAGAUCACCGAACAUUUAGCAUACCAUGCUCCGUUGCUCAUUGAAGGAAAGGACUAUUAUGCCAAACAGAGAACAGAGAACAAGAUCGUCCAGUUCUUCAAACCGAACUCCUACUACACGUUCAAGAGACUCAAGGCGUACUUGCCAAGUUCGUUCGACGACUUUGCAGACGAAGACCCAGAAUGGAUCAGACAUGCGUACGAUUUCCCAGAUGUUAGCUCCAAAUGCCCAACUCUGUGGAUCCCACGCGAUCCAAUGGGUCUUUCCACCAAGGAGAUUGAGAAUCUACGUGGUGUGAUCGCCGUGAGCGAUCAGAAUGCCCAUUUCGAUGCUCACGGUCUAAUUCACUGGACUGGUGCUCCUCCAUAA